AAUGACACACUCCCCGGGACAUCUUGUGCUCAUUGACAUAAUCUCUGGAGACCAGCUGAUUCAUCACGAGAGCAGGAAGUGCACACCAUCAAGUUCUUUGACUUUUUAUCUGAAAGGCACAUCCCUUUCAGCACAACACCCCUUUCAUCUCAGUUUAUGCACUGAAAUCUCCGAGUUGGGAUCUGAAGCCCCAAAGGCUUUUGCUUCUGAAGGCAUUCAACAGACGAGGACCUUGUGUGAACACUUCCAUUGGUCAAGACAGUUAAGACAAUAUGUGAAAAGCCGUCUGGCCACGGGAGAAACCGACAUCACCUGCCCAAAGUGCGGGCAGGUCUGGGCAUGGCAGGAGGCGCGGUCUCUUCAUUUGCUGACAAAGAGGGACCAGCUUCUCUACGAGAGGAAGCUUUCACAGAUGAUGAGUAGAAGUACUGACACUUACAAGAAGUGCCCAGGUUGCAAAUCCCUACUGCAGAGGCUGGACCUGACGAACCUCUGCAUGAAGUGUCCAUUCUGCUCGGAGACGAAGGGGGAGACCUUCCAGUUCUGCUGGGCUUGCCUGAGGAAGUGGAAGGGAGGCUCGGGGCAAGGGGACAGCUGUGCAAACGAAUCUUGCCACAUUGUGGCCCUGCUCCAGAGCUGUGAGGAGAUUUUGAACCCUGCGCUGACGGUGAACGGUUGCCCCUCCGUUCGGGCCUGUCCCCAAUGCAAGGCCCUGGUAGCACACAGCGGAGGCUGCAAGUACGUCACCUGCAGGAACUGCGCCAACUGCUUCUGCUUCCGCUGCCUCGACAGCUUCAAUGCCUGCUCCGGCGCCCGGCCCAACUGGUACAGCCGGGCAAAGUGUGAAAAGCCCAAGGCAGCAAGGCAGACGUUUGCCUCAGAAUCAGAUGCAUCUCCCCUCCCCAUCCACUGAACCCUUCUCAGCACCCCCUCACCACCAGCUCUUCCUUCCCAUGUCUCCUGUAACCCGAGGUCCUGCAGUCCCCACAUCCCCAGUGCAGACUCCAUGGUGGGCAGUGGGGGCACCAUGAGCAGGUGAGUGUGGGGAUAGGAUUAUCACUGAUGGGAGUAGGAGAGGGGUGAAGAGGUACUGGUGGAGGGUGUGACUUGGCUAGUGUGAGAUUGGACUGAUGGGUAACUGGUACGGUUGGGGUGAUGACCUGGGUAGGGUGAAGAGUCAGGGAGGGAUGAGGAGUUGGGGAGGGGUGAGGAGUUGGAGAGGAGUGAUGAGUUGGAAAGAGGUGAGGAGUUGGGAAGAGGUGAGGAGUCAGAAGGGUAAUGAGCUUGGGAGAGGUGAGGAGUUGGGAUGAAGAGUUGGAGAGGAGUGAUGAGUUGGGGAGAAGUGAGGAGUUGGGGAGGAGUGAUGAGUUGGGGAGAAGUGAGGAGUUGGGGAGGAGUGAUGAGUUGGGGAGGAGUGAUGAGUUGGGGAGGAGUGAUGAGUUGGGGAGGAGUGAUGAGUUGGGAUGAAGUGAGGAGUUGGGGAGGAGUGAUGAGUUGGGGAGAAGUGAGGAGUUGGGGAGGAGUGAUGAGUUGGGGAGGAGUGAUGAGUUGGGAUGAAGUGAGGAGUUGGGGAGGAGUGAUGAGUUGGGAUGAGGAGUUGGGGAGGAGUGAUGAGUUGGGGAGAGAGGAGUUGGGGUGGGAUUAAGAUUCUGGGAUGGGUGAGGAAUCAGAGAGGUGAGGGAUGAGGAUGUACUGUCAAAGGUUACAGGGAGAACACAUGACAAUGGACGAGAGGGAAAAUAAAUCAGCCAUGAUAGAAUAGUGGAGCAGACUCAAUGGGCUGAAUGGCCUAAUUCUGUCUUAUGGA